GAGCAAUAUCCAUGGUUCUGCCUCGGACCAUUGACAGGAUAUCAAACCCUGCUUUGCUUGAAGCGGCCCGACAUUCGCGGACAUGAUGUGCGGCCAGCGGGGGAUUGGCGUGCGGAGGUCGAUGUAUGCAUAUGUAUGAUGGCGAUGCCGGUCGCUCUCUUCUGCAACUCUACUUCUUAACACCACCUCUGUGGCGGUAGUACCGCUAAAAUGAUUGCACUUCGACGAAUGUUGACAUGGAUAUUAUGUCUCAUAUAUAUCGAAGUGAUAGGUGCACAAGAGGUGGACUACUCUCAAUUCGUUAAUCCCUUCAUCGGCUCGGAAGGGGCGCUCACUGGAUAUGCAUAUGGCGGCGGUGACAUCUUUGUAGGUGGAGCGGUGCCUUUCGGCAUGGUGAAGCUGGGCAUCGAUACGUAUGAGGAGCCUGUUAAUCAAAGCGCUCUGAAUGGGGGAUGGACGCCUCAGGGGAAAGUCACGGGAAUAAGCAUGCUCCACGUAUCUGGAACAGGAGGAGGGCCAAAGUAUGGGUUCCCGGCCCAGAUGCCACUGGCAAGUUUGGAAGGUGUCAACCUACUGGACAAUUGCACCUACUGGCAGAGAAGACAAGGUGGAGACGUUGCAAGAGUGGGCUACUUCAGGACUCUCCUUGAAUCCGGGGUCGGUGUCGAAUUGUCAGCGUCGAGACAUGCAGGUCUUUACCAAUACAGUUUCCCUACAACUGAGAAGUACAUCCUCGUGGACUUCUCCCAUUAUCUUCCACACCUUACGAGGUCCUGGGAUACGCAAUUCUACGCAGGUGGCGAGAUUGAGGUCAGCCCAGACAAUAAGUCAUACACGGGAUAUACUAGUAUCGGAGGAGGUUGGAAUCUCGGCGCCCCAGUCACGGUCUAUGUCUGUGGAGAGUUUGACUCUCCGGCAAGCGAUGCGGAAGCGUUCCAGGGAAGAAACACGUUACCUGUAAGUCGGCAUUUCCGCAGCUUCAACAACGAGAGCACGCCAAAUCCCAUUUUUGUUGGCUCAUCUGCUCGCUCUGGUGCAACCAAUAACCGCGUCGGUGCCAUUUUCUCCUGGACUGGUGCGGAAUCGGUAUCAACAGUCAAGUCAAGAGUAGGCGUUUCCUUUAUGUCAGUAUCGAAAGCCUGUGCGUACAAAGACGAGGAACUAUCCUGGGAUAUCUCGCAAGCAGAACGAGUUGCGCGAACCGAAUGGAAUCGCGACGUAUUCUCCAAGAUACGUGUGGACACAUCUUCGUCAGCAAAUCAAACCCGUCUGGCCCUCCUUUAUUCCAGCUUGUACUUCAUGCACUUGAUCCCGAGCGAGCGUAUCAAUGAGAAUCCUCUCUGGGAGUCCGAAGAACCGUAUUGGGACGAUUUCUACACAAUGUGGGAUUUGUUUCGUAACCAGGUCUCCCUGUGGCAUCUCAUUCAACCGGCCUACUACGAAUCCAUGAUUCGCUCACUGAUCGGUAUGUUCAAACAUGAAGGCUAUCUACCAGAUGGACGAAGCGGGAACUACAACGGCCUCGUGCAAGGAGGCUCUAAUGCUGACAACGUCCUCGCUGAUGCUUACGUCAAGGGCCUGAGAGGUGCCAUUAACUGGACAGAGGGGUAUGCAGCAGUCAAGAAGAACGCUGAAAUUCUUCCCUACUUUGACCAAAACCCGGUGGAUCCACAGGGAAGCCUGAAAGAGGGACGCUCGGCUCUUGAUGACUGGAUUCCGUUAGGAUAUGUUUCCGCGGAUCGAAAUACUCGUGCGGUAUCGAAGACGGUCGAAUAUUCGCUGAACGAUUUUGCAGUCUCGCAGAUCGCAGCCGGCGAGCAACCGGGAGAUAGACAGUUGUAUCUGCAGAGAAGCGCAGGAUGGCAGUUGAGUUGGGAUCCAGAAGCGACGGCAAGAGGCUUUACAGGAUUCGUCAUGCCUAGAUAUGCCAAUGGGACAUUCCACAAGACCUACAAUAUCUCCAAUUGUGGCGAUUGCAACUGGAGUGACGAGUCCUACGAGGGGACUGCCUUCGAAUACUCCUUUGUUAUACCCCACGAUGUCGAACGGAUGAUACAACUCAUGGGCGGACCCCAGCACUUCGAAGAGCGACUCGACUAUGUCUUUCUGCCAAACACCUCUGGCGUUGACCUUGGGGUCAAUGGGCUGGGCAUAAACACUAUCAACAAUAUCGCGAACGAGCCGGAUUUUCAGACGCCUUAUCUUUACAACUAUCUUAACAAGCAGUGGAAAUCGGUUGAAAGAUCUCGUCAGCUCGCCAACGACUUCUACUUCAAUUCCUCCAACGGCAUCCCUGGGAACUCCGACGCUGGCGCUUUGAACUGCUGGCUGGUAUGGCAGAUGCUGGGCAUGUAUCCCAUCGUCACGACUCCGGUGUAUCUCUUGGAAAGCCCUUGGUUCACGGACAUCAACAUUACCGUUAAUCACAAUCGCACUUUGAGAAUACGGGCCGAAAAUCUCGACGAUGGAGACGGGCGGAAUGGGUAUUAUGUUCAAGGCGUUACGAUCAACGGUCAGGCAUGGGAUAAGAAUUGGUUUAGACAUCAGGAUGCUGGAGGUAUCAUGACCAAUGGAGGAGAAAUUGUCUUCAGUAUGGGGAGUGAGAAGACGGUUUGGGAGACUGGCGAUGUGCCACCCAGUCCUGGACAUAUCGUACUGGAU